UAGAAUUCGAAGGCGUAACGCAUGAUUGAUCGUAGAGGGGGAUUGUUAUGCACAUGUCGUUACCUGUUUCUUUAUGUAGUCAAUCAAUCGCUUUCAGAUGUCGCGCACGUUUAUCUUUUAUAUCUUUAUCUUUUAAAUGUGCAAUAAUAAGUGACACAGUAAAAGUAUUUGCGAUAAGUGUUGCAUUACAAUCGUUUAUGCUUAAAUUAUUUUAAGAUCUUAUUUUAAUCGCUGGUAACACUUUAAGAUUUAAAUAGUGAUAAACAUCGAUAAAGUCAGUGCUAAUUGGAAGUUGUAAUUACGUGCGCAAAGUGAAGUCGACAAAAAAUAAGAAAGUUGUCACAAGUGUUCAAAAAAUGGUUAUGGAGUCCGCACAGCCCGCGGGGCGUUUUUGGCCGUUAUCGCCUCGUCUGUGGCGUCGAAGCAACGAGUACUCAAAAGUCGUUUUUGAACCGAGACGACCACCGACAUCACCGAUCGAGAUACGAAAGCAUGACAAAAUUGACGAAACACCAGAUCUGUUACGAUCUAGAAGUUUCAUUAAUGAUAAGCUAGGUCAUUUGGAUCUGGACGAUGAAGUAGAAUUGAGAAAACAUAACAUAAAUGAGAAGUACCGGUGGAGUGUCGACUCGAAGAAGCCACCUGUGAAAGAAACGAAAAAAGAAAAAGAAGAAGUGGUUAAAUUGAGAUCGAAGAAACAAAGGCAGCCAAGGCCAAACAGUCUUCAGUUAUUAUUGUGCCCAUCGAGUUCUGGUCACUACAGCAGCAACACGUGGAGAUACACUAGAGUCCGAUCCAAGAGCCAUGAGCCGGAGGGCGGCGGGCGCUGCGGCGAGGGCCCGCUAGCUCGCGCGAUGCAGUCCACGCCGCAGGGCGGCUCGCCCAAGCGGCAUGCGACACCGGCGCCGGCGCAUGGAGCGGCAACAGACCCGUCAAUGUUAAAGGUCCACCUUCCGAACGGAGGCUUUAACGUUGUAAGGGCAUCAGUCGACGAGGACGUGCGCUCUGUGCUACGGUGCCUCGCCGCCAGGCUUGCGGCGGGCGACCGGGUGUACACUUCGUGCUACGCUUUAAGGGCGAGGAGGCUCACUACUGGCAAGAUCCGCUGGAUACACCAGGACACGCCAGUAUCCGAGCUGCUGGCGAAGUGGCCGGCGAGUGAAUGGCGCUUGGAGCUGCGCGUGCGCUACCUGCCCGCCAACCUUCGCGACCUGUGCGACUCGGACCGCGUCACCUUCCAUUAUUAUUACGAUCAGGUUCGACACGACUACCUCAAUGCCAAUCACCAAAUGGUAGAUCAAGAAUUGGCGAUACAAAUAUGUUGUUUAGAAAUAAAGUACUUCUGCAAAGACAUGCAGAUAUCAUUGGACAAGAAGUCCAACAUAGAGUACCUGGAGAAAGAGUUUGGUUUGCACAAGUUCCUACCCAAGUCCGUGCUCGACGCGAUCAAGCCCAAAGUGCUCAAGAAGGCGAUACAGCAGCAGUUCAAAAAGGUGGCAAACUUAAGUGACACCGACUGCAUGCUGAAGUAUUUGGAAACGAUGCACACGCAUUACGGAUACGAUCGCGAGACGUUCACGGGCGCGCUCGGCUCCGGCUGGGCGAUACCUGUCGAGCUGGCGAUAGGACCUGAUAUAGAUAUAUCAUACGUAUCGCACAAAGCAGGCGAGCCCCCCACCUACACGAAGAUCGCGUCUUUCAGUGAUAUUGUAGCGGUUCAAACCUUAAAAUCCAAUUGCACGCAGCAGUCAAAUUCGCAGACGAGCUCAUGUGGAAAGGCGGCGCUACAAUUGAGAGUGAAAGGCGCUACAGAAACGUUAACUAUUACAUGCAGCAGUGUUGAGGCUGCAGAAAGCUUAGCAGAUUUAGUAGACGGCUAUUGUAGAUUAGUGACAGAUUCACAAACCUCACUCUGGAAUAGAACGACAACCAUUUGGAAGACACUGAACUGUCAGUGCAAAACGGAAAUGAGCAGUAGCUCGUCGGAAGGCAAGACGAGCUCGUGGGAAGCGAACACCGCCACACUUCUGUCGGAGGACUACGCCGAAAUCGUCGACGACGAUGCGGACUAUUCGACGCCGGCAGUUCGCGACUACGAAUUGGUGCGUAAUCAAAUUGAAUUGACCGGUAUCAUUGGUGAAGGACAAUUCGGAGACGUGCAUAAAGGUACAUGCAAAGUGACGUCGGCAAACCACCCCUCAUUGCGACGUCAGUUGGCACUACAAAGGCAACAAGGCAAAAGCAACGCGGGAGGCGAGUGCGUAUUACCCGUAGCCGUGAAGACUUGCAAGCUUGAUGCUGAUCUCGAUACCGCGGAGAAGUUUCUGGAAGAAGCUUACAUCAUGCAACAGUUUUCACAUCCACACAUCAUCGGGCUGGUAGGCGUGUGCAGCUCGCCGCCGAUCUGGAUCGUCAUGGAGCUGGCCACGCUCGGCGAGAUGAGAGCGUACUUGCAGCAGAAUUCUCACAGAUUAGAGACGUGCACGCUAGUGUUGUACAUCUACCAGCUGUCGACGGCGCUGAGCUACUUGGAGAGCAAGAAGUUCGUGCAUCGAGACAUCGCCGCCAGGAACGUGCUCGUCUCCACUCCCACUUGUGUCAAGUUAGCAGACUUCGGUCUAUCAAAGAUGGUGGAAGACAAAUCUUACUACAAAGCGUCAAGAGGAAAGUUGCCAAUAAAAUGGAUGGCGCCGGAAUCUAUCAACUUCCGACGAUUCACUUCUGCAUCGGAUUGCUGGAUGUUUGGCGUCUGCAUGUGGGAGAUACUAAUGCUGGGUGUAAAACCAUUCAGUGGAGUAAAGAAUAACGAUGUGAUCGGCAAACUGGAGAACGGAGAAAGGCUAGCCCUGCCUCCCCGCUGUCCCCCGCGACUCUACUCCGUCAUGUCGCGCUGUUGGGCGUAUGAACCGUCCCAAAGACCCACUGCCCACCAGUUGAAAGAAACACUCUUUGAGAUCCUGCAAGAGGAGCGCAACACGGCGUGGGACACGAUGCGGCGCGAGAACAGGCGUGUGGCGGCCGCGUCGUGGGGCGACGAGCCGCCGCCCAAGCCAUCGCGGCCCUCUACCAACCUCACUGCCGCGGUGGAGUCCGGCGGGCCGCAGACGUACAUCGUGGCGCAGAGCCCCGCGGUGCUGGCGCAGCUGCUGCGCGACAACCCCGCGCGCGCCGACCCGCACGCCUACACCACCCCCGCCUCGGUAUUCAACACGCUCGCCGUCGACCUCGCCGACCCCUCCGCGCCCGACCCGCCCCUGCACACCCGUCCCAUCCCCGCCACGCAGCUGCAGCGCCUCGACCCGCCCGCCCCACCCGCGCCCGCCAUCAGCGGCACCGUCGCCGCGCCCGACAGCUGCGACAACCUGUGCGCCGCGCCGCCCGCGCCCGAGCCCGACGCCGUCGAGCCCUACCCCAGCCGCGUGCGCUCUCUCGAGCGCAGCCCGCGCGCGCCCGUCGAGCGCGCGCCUCUGCGCAUGGGCUCCCUCGAGCGCAACCGCGGCGGCCUGUCCCAGCGCGGCUCGCCCGUCCCCAUCCCGCCCUUCUCGCGCCAGCACUCGGUGCCCGCCUCCCCGCCGCCGCGCGCGCGCCGCGACCAGGACGUGGGCCAGUUCUCGGUCCAGGGCGGCAUCAACGCCCAGCUCGCCAUGAGCGUCAUGAACAAAAUGCGCCAGCAGCCCGAACCUCCCCUCGUCGAAGAGAUAUACGACUUCGGCGGCGAUAACGUCAAGAGCUGCGCCGCUAUCGCCGCCCAUAAGGCCGGCCUAUCGAAAUCUCAGCCGUAUCGCCCGGUCGUGUCCGGGAUGGCCGCGUCCCAUCCGUCCGCCUACGGGGUUCCCGUAGGGGUCGUUCAGGGCGUCCCGUAUUCUCCCACUUCGAAAUCGGGCCAGGCGUCCAAAAUUCCGGGAGGCUUCCGCUCGGCGAGUCCACUGCAGGUUUCGCCCCCGAUGGGCGUCGUGCAACCCAUGUUCGUGCAGCAAGCGUACUCGCACAGCUCUCAAGGCGCGCAGGCGAUGUGUUGGCCGCAAGCGUCGGCGCAGUGCGCGUCCGUGGCCGGCUCGCCGGCGCAGGCGCGCGCGGCCGCCCCGCCCGCGCCCGCAACGGACGCGCCGAUAUCUGUAUCUCGCCAAGAGUGCUCGCCCGCGCCGCCCGACGCGAAGCAGAGUCCGGAGUUCGAUACGGAACAAGCAGUGGAGAGGAGGUUGUUGGCCGAAUUGGCGAGACAGCAACACCAGAGUGAGGAGGACAGAAGAUGGUUGCAAAUGCAAGAGGAUAAUUUGAAACGUCUAUCGAACGUGCAGCUAGCGCCUCCCAUAGACGCGGAAAACGCUGAGAACAAACCCGACGUCACACAAACUACCAGCACGCAAGAAAGCAAACCUUCUAGUCAACCGCAUUCCGCGGCAAAUUCGUCGGAAACAAGUCCGGCGAAUACAGUUAAACCCAAAGAAAGCAGAACGCCGAGUGAAGAUAAGGGUUGCACGAACCAAGAGCCAGUGUACGUAGCGACGACGUCGGUAGUGCGCUGCGUGAUGCGGCUGGCCGGCGUGGCAACGGCCGCGUCGCCCGCGCCGCCCGACCUGCUGGAGGCCGUGCGCGCGGUGGGCGCCGCGCUGCGCGCUCUGUGCGCCACCGUCGACAGCCUGGUGCGCGUCUACCCGCCCAAUGCACAGAGGGAGGUAGAAAUGGCACACCAGGUUUUGAGCAAAGACAUGGCUGCUCUGGUGGAAGCGAUGCGCCUCGCCAUACACUACUGCCGCACCACGCUACACCACGACUACACCAAGAGCAUGCUAGCCGCUGCGCACGUACUAGCGAUGGACGCAAAGAACCUCCUGGAUGUCGUAGACUGCAUCCGCGAGAGACAUCCUCACAUCGACUGGAAAUCCGCGCUCCAGCUCGACGACGAGCCUCACACCUCCUCGCCCUCACCGCCCCACAACCUCGACUCACAAAACCAGGUAUUCCCCUCCCAACCACAAACACCACAAAACCCAGUUCUCAGCACCCAGUCUUCCCAAGAAACCGAGGCCCCGCCGAAGCCAGACUUCAAAAUCAACCAACCAGUGACCACAGUGACAACCCAACUCAACCUCUCCGACCACGUUUCUAAAGAACACAACAGCUUACCGACGAAUCGAGUAUCGACUCUCAUCCACAAUUACAACUUAUACGGAAACGUCCGAGAGCCUCAGCACAUAUAUGGUAACGAAGGAGUUUCCUUCCAACACUCGCAGUCCUGCGACGAUUCGAAAAUCGACUUAGCACCCAUCGAGUCGGUAAAAAGUCGCGUUCAAGCGAUAUCGGGGAAAAUCGAUUCUCCCCCGAUUUAUUCCGUCACCAAGAAGAUGGUUCCAGUCGAUCAGAAUAUUGUGCACGAUCAAGGAUGAAUGUCGAACAAGUUUUGGAGUUUUGUUUUUCGCUUGUAGUGAGUGUUGAUUUGACGGUGUUCUUGGAGUAGGCGUAGCUGGGAUAGUAUUUCUUUCCUAGUAUUUGCCGAAGUUUUGCUAGAUUACUUAAAUGAGGUCUUAAGUUUGCUGUAGAAAUCCCUUUUUAAUAGAUACUUAUCGGAAACAUUUUAGAUCCCUAGUCCUAUUUAAGUUCAACUUUCUUCUGUUGGUCUGUGAAGGAAGUGAUCUAGCUACGCCUAUAUUUUUCUGAAAAGCUUUACUGUGGGAAGGCUAUGAGGUGUUAAGCUGCAGACACCCUACCGUGUCGUGGUGCGUCGCAACCGACAAAUCGGAGGGCGCUUCAAGUUUCAGCGAGCCAGAGUAUAAUAUAUAGUCUUCAUAAUAAAAAUUGCUCGACUCGAUCGCCUCCUGUCGCGUGACGACACACUACAACACAGUGAUGUGCUUGCUCCUUUAGUAUUUAGUACUUACCGGAAAGCAUUUAUUUUACUGAAACAAGCCGCUUCCGUUUUUUAUUGUAGGACAGUCUUAGCUUUUUAAAAGACAAUAUUAUUUCGAUUGCUCAAUGUUCUUAGCGAAAUUUUGAUAAUCAUUUAAAUUGAGCCAAAUCUGUAACUUUAUGUCUGUUGUGUAUUUAUUUAUUGGACUUUCGGAGUUUAUUCGUGUAUGUUAUAUUGGCCGACGUUGAUUUUGUGUAAAUCCGUUAAUUUAUUUCAGACAAAAAAGCAUAGUUGCUAGUAUAGGUAGUUUGUUACUUGACCGGCCGAAAUCAUACAAAUCAAAUUGCACUAUAAAUAGUCCACUCCGAAUCUUGUCUUCCAUAAAUUACAUAGAAAGCGAACUUUGACAAAGAUGGUUUACAAUUUUUUGUAUUGCAUUCACUACAAAAGAUUCACACAAAAUCAACGUAAAUCUGGGUGCAUUGCAACGGCUAGACCUAUAGAAUCACUUCAAACAUCCCCAUUCAUUCUUAUUCCAUUUUCGUACAUCAUUUCAAAGACGCAUGUAUAAUAAUAAUUUUCAUGUUUUUAUCAUGCUCUGCAAUGCUCCCAGUGCAAAAUUAGUAACAUUUUAUUGAUACAUAUAAAUCCUAACAUAUCAUCGGCAUUGUUUCGCUUCGAAUAAAUCCAUAAUAAAUCAUAAUAUUAUUAUUGUAUAAUAGUGUUGCUUCGUGUCCACAUGUUCUACAUAUCUAAAUGUUUAAUUGUAUCGUUGACGCUAUAGAUGGCAAAGGCUUCUACCCACUACCUUUUUCAGAUAAAACAAAGUGUUUUAAUGAACUUGAACCCUCAUUGGUUACAAAUUUAACGUUAAAAUUUCAAUACCCUACUGUUUUGCAAACUUAACGAAUAGCUACGAGUAUUUACGGCCUUGUUUCGAACCUAUGCACAUCAAUGAGGGGUGAUAAUAUGAAAUUGAGGUCUCUAACAGCUAAAGUUUAUGUCAGUACAUAGUUCCAAUUCAAGUUCUGUAAAACAAAAUUAAGUAAAUACAUAUGAAGAAGAAUUUUUGAUUUUUUUAAUCUUCAGGUUCAGUAUAUACUGACGUAAAUUGCCAAGUGAUAUUUUCCACAUUAAUGUCACAAAGGAGACAUUUUAUUUUGCUUUAUGCCUCCAUUCUCACUAAUUAUAAAAUUCAUACUCUCUAUUCCAUGCUAGGUUGAACAUCUAUCAUGAAACAUAUUUAAUUUUUAAUUAAGUAAAUCACAUUCAAAUUCACCCUCAGACUGCCACAUAACCAAUUGAUAAUAAUAUUGAUUUGUGAUAUUAUUGCCAAUAAAUUACCUUAGGCCAGGGAACGAAUCUGGUGGAAUCUGGUGGAUCUUCUCGAGAGAAAAGACACGCGCAGAGUUCUGCUCGAAUAUGUCGGAUUAAAUCAGGGUUGAAUAAAAGUUUACAUUUUUUUUUUUAAAUUUGUUUAAAACAAUGACAACCCUGAUUAAGAUGACUGAUAGAGAGCACCAUAUCUGGGCAAAGAAGACGUCCGUGUCGUCCGCAUGCGUUUUUCCACACGUCCGUGAAAUUGCCGGUUGGCGCGAUAGUUCGCUAACUUUACCUAGUGCAACUGAACGCUUUUACCAAAGUCUCAGAACAAGUGGAAUUUCUGCUCAUCAGCUCGCAAAAUUCUGCGACGCCGAAUUUCGGCUAGAUUUUUCCCAAGUCUAAAGUAUACUUUGUACUUGUUACGAUUUUCUCGACCCCAUGUGUAAAGUAUAAAUGCAUUCCACGAAAUUGCACCUAAUAAUGUAGGUUACGCAAUUAUUUUCAUACAAAUUUUAUAUUUUUGGCAUAAUGUGAAAAUGUUUGUGUAUGGUAAACUGAUCUUUCUGGAUAAAGUUAAUGCUUUAACUAAAAUAAUAAUUACUGUAAGUUUGCACGGCAAUGUUUGAAGGUAAAAUAAGAAAUUGAAAAGUUUUGAAUUAUUUUGCAAAACUAGAUGCAGUAUAAUUUAGCAGAAUAUAAAAUAUAAUGAUAGCAGAAUAUAAAUAACAUUGUAUUUUAUUUCAGUAUCUCUUGCUAUCCAGAAAGAUAGGUUGUUGUUGGAAACAGAAUCAAAUCUGCCUCAAAACAAUAUUAUAAUCGUAUUAUAAUUAUUUGAUGUUUAUCAUAAAAGUAUUAUUUUGUAAUCUUACUGUAUUAAAGGUGUAUAAUAUUUUAGUUAAGGUGCGUACAGUUGUCACAACUCUGCAUUUAAGUUUCUCGACAAAGUACUCAGUAUUUAGUUAAAAUACAUUGAGUAAUUAUGUACUAAUGAACUAUCAAAUUCACUGUAUGUAAUUAAUUUAAAAAUGUACCUAUUCAAUUAGUUAUAUCAACAAAUUUCGCUCAUUUCACUGACUUCAAUAUUGAAGGCAGUAUAAUAUACUAAGUCAUGAAUAUUUGUGUAACUUCAUUAUUUUAUUAAUAUUAACGACUGCUAGUUUGUUAGUACAUAAACAUCAGUGCUGAAAUAUAAUAUUUUCUUUGUAAAAAUGUACAAAACUAAUUGAUUUCUAUAAUUAAUUAUUUUAAUUUUUAUCCAAAGUUUUAUUAUAAGCGUAGAUCUCAAGAUGGAAUUUUGUAGAGAUAGAUUGAUUUGAUUAGUUGUACAAUUUUAAUUAUUAUAUCAGAAUUUAUUUAUUUGAUGAGUCUUCAUUGAUUUGUAAAGUUGUUUUUUGUAAUGUGUUUAGAGUAAGCAGGAUUCAUUCCAAAGUAUAUGGUAUGUAAGCAGGCUCGUAGUGUCGUCCAUGUAUCGUAGUUGAGCUGCCAGAGAUUACUUUACAAAUAUCCUAUAUGACGUGGACCGGAUUUUGUUUAUGCAUUAAACUGAAUAAAGGACAGGUCAAAA